AAUUAGGCAUCACCAAAUCAAUUAAACUGAGAUAUGUUGGAUUUAUAUCCGCUUUACUCCACGGGCUUAAAUCCAAAUUCCAUACCUUGAAAUCCAAUGCGGGGAGUUUAACGAUUCUGGACAGCAGACAGUCCCACGUAAAACAUCCAACAACCUUGUUCUGUCCCUGUUCAGUAACCUCAAACCAACUGUAUUAUGACUUCUCUGUCUAGUCCCAUCUCAAUUCAGCUCGGACCAGCUUCCAUCACAUGUCCGAGACAACCGCCACAUUUGCUACCAAUCCACUCAGGCAUCAGUAGUCGAUUCCGAGUGCUCUGCAUUCAAGGAACCGGAAAUGCUAGUAAACCUAAACCACCUAUGCCUACAGAAAAUGAUGAGUUUUCGGGAUGGUCAAAUGAUAAUGUUAAUGGUGGGGAGUCUGCUGAGAUGCAGGGGAAGAAGUGGAGAGGAGGGAUUGUGGGAGCUGGAGUAGCUGGAGUUAUUCUAGUUGCUGGACUAACCUUCGCAGCAUUGUCUAUAAAUAAGAGAAUAACCAAUCCAGAACUAUAUAUGGAGCCUUUGACAACAGAGCAAGAACUAGCAGUUGACAAAGAAAAUAUGAAUGAUGCUGAGGAGGAGCUAAAGAAUGAGGGGCAGAAUGCAACACUGGACACUGAUGCUCUCAGAUUUGAAACAGCUCCACAGGCAUUUCAGGAAAAGGUUUUAGUCCCUGCAGUUGUUGAUCAAAUUCAAAGGCAGGCACUAGCAACUUUGCAAGUUUUGAAGGUCAUUGAGGCUGAUGCUAAACCUGGUGACUUGUGUACCCGUCGGGAAUAUGCUCGCUGGUUAGUUUCAGCCAGCAGCUCUUUAUCUAGGAACACUGCCUCAAAAGUUUACCCUGCAAUGUUUAUAGAAAAUAUUACUGAGCUUGCAUUUGAUGAUGUUACACCAGAAGACCCUGAUUUUCCUUCCAUUCAAGGCUUGGCAGAAGCUGGGUUAAUUUUUAGCAAGUUUUCAAGACGUGAUAUGCAUUCUGUUUCUGAAAUUGGAGAGACUUCCCUCUGCUUCUGUCCUGAAAGCCCCUUAUCACGUCAGGACCUUGUGAGUUGGAAGAGAUCUCUCGAGAAAAGACAACUUCCUGUUGCUGACAAGAAGAUCCUCCAACAAGUUUCCGGGUUUCUAGACAUAGACAGGAUCGACCAAAAUGCAUGCCCUGCACUGGUUGCUGAUUUGUCAGCGGGAGAGCAGGGAAUUGUAGCCCUUGCAUUUGGUUACACAAGACGAUUUCAGCCUAAUAAAGCAGUUACAAAAGCUCAAGCUGCUAUUGCCCUUGCUAAUGGCGAGGCAUCUAACAUGAUCAGUGAGAAAAUUAGACGUAUUAAGGCAGAGUCAUUGACAGAAAAGGCUGUUGCAGCAGACAGUGCAUUGGUAGAUCAAGUGGAAAAGGAUAUUAAUGCCAGUUUCGAAAAAGAGCUUCUACUUGAAAAGGAAAAGGUUGAUGCUGUGGAGAAAUUGGCUGAAGUUGCAACAGAAGAAUUGGAGGGUAUAAGAGCUGAGCAAGAGGAAAGGAACAUUGCCUUGUUGAACAAACGUGCUGUCAUUGAUUUGGAAACGGAAAUUCUGUCAUGUUUAAGGCAUGAGGUUGAAAAACAGUUGAACAGCCUGAUGGGUGAUCAAGUGGAAGUAUCUUAUGGAAAGAGAAGUCUAAGCAAGCUGCAGAAGGAUGCAGAAAUGCAAAAUCAGGAAAUUUCCAGGUUACAGCAUGAACUAGAAGUGGAGCGAAAGGCUUUGUCUAUGGCUAGGGCUUGGGCUGAAGAUGAACUGAAAGGAGCAAGAAUGCAAGCUAAAGUGCUAGAAGACGUUAGAGCCCAUUGGGAGAGGCGGGGCAUAAAGGUUGUCGACGAUGACCUCAAAGACGAGGUAAAUGCAGCUGUGUCUUGGAUCAAUGCUGGAACUGAAUCAUCAGUUGAAGGAACUGUUAGCAGAGCCGAAACCGUGGUGGACAAGCUCAAGGCAAUGGCAUUUGAUUUAAGAGGGAGAUCCAAAGACGUAAUUGACAAAAUCGUACAGAAGAUUUCUUGAUAUUAGUAUGUGAAGAGGGGAUAAUGAGAACAAGUGGCAAUGUUGCAAAUCUAAAAGAUGUGUUGUUUCUAAGUUGCAAGCUCUAUAAGCGUGUCUUCAUGUUGCCUUCUUA